ACACUGUCGUCGUCACUCACCACCACUCCAUACCUAUCUAGAAAGAGAAAAACUAAAGUUUCUUUAAUAGAGAUGUCGAAAGAAGUGAGCGAAGAGGGACACACUCAAAGCCAUGGAAAAGACUACGUUGAUCCUCCGCCAGCUCCGUUCCUCGACAUGGGGGAGCUCAAGUCGUGGUCUUUCUACAGAGCUCUCAUCGCCGAGUUCAUCGCAACGCUCCUCUUCCUCUACGUCACCGUAGCCACCGUCAUCGGCCACAAGAAGCAAACCGGUCCUUGCGACGGCGUCGGUUUACUCGGUAUCGCAUGGGCUUUCGGUGGUAUGAUCUUCGUCCUCGUUUACUGCACCGCCGGGGUCUCUGGUGGUCACAUCAACCCAGCUGUGACUUUCGGUCUGUUCUUGGCGCGUAAGGUCUCUCUGGUGAGAGCUGUUGGGUACAUGAUUGCUCAGUGUCUUGGAGCCAUUUGUGGUGUGGGUUUCGUGAAAGCUUUCAUGAAGACUCCUUACAACACUCUCGGAGGCGGAGCUAACACCGUAGCCCCUGGUUACAGCAAGGGAACUGCUCUCGGAGCUGAGAUCAUUGGAACUUUCGUCCUCGUUUACACCGUCUUCUCCGCGACUGACCCUAAGAGAAGCGCUCGUGACUCUCACAUCCCUGUUUUGGCUCCACUUCCAAUUGGAUUCGCUGUGUUCAUGGUGCAUUUGGCUACUAUCCCCAUUACCGGAACUGGAAUUAACCCAGCGAGAAGCUUUGGUGCUGCUGUUAUCUACAACAACGAGAAGGCGUGGGAUGACCAUUGGAUCUUCUGGGUUGGUCCGUUCGUGGGAGCACUAGCAGCAGCAGCUUAUCAUCAAUACAUCUUGAGAGCUGCAGCAGUUAAGGCUUUGGCCUCGUUCCGAAGCAGCGCAACAAACUGAUGAUGAAGUUGUGAAUUUUAGCCACUUAAUGAAGGAUUAAAUGUUACUUUAUUUGUUGCUUUUGUGUGUAAUGAGAAAGAACUUAUUAAGUUGGUGGAUGGAUCGAUGAUGUUAAUUAUGAAAUGGAUCUAUGUUUUCUUUUCUUUCCUUUAUUGAUUUUUGUUACAGAAAAAACCCACUUUGUUCAA